AUGAACAAGUCAUCAUCGUCCCACAUUCCGCUGCCGAUUCAAAGCUUCUUAUUUUCUCAGACCUGUUCAUUCCUGCAGAAACCCGCGGCUAGAGAUGGAGUGUGUACUACCUUUGAGAAGGUUGUGGUCCAAAAUAUACUUCAUGGUCGGUCAAUAGUACUAUGUGAGGCGAUACAAUCUAUCAGCAGAUGGAGGUUUGUCAAAGCAGCCCUCCCCCAUGUGUUGCAUUGUGGUGCUGUGAUGCUUCGAGAAAAGUUACGCGAUAAGUCUGUUACAGAUCAACAACAGCAAAAACAUGGGACUUCAAAUAGCAGCGAGUUGUUAGACGAUCGAACACAACUGAAUUUCAGUCAAACAGAAACUAAACUAUUGUAUACACUUCAUUGGAUUCUACUAGAUGCUGCUUCCGAAUGUGAAGAUGCAGAAAUAGAGGUUUCUAACCAUCCAGCUUCUAAAGUGAAAAGUCCAACAGACCGCUAUGUUCAUGACUUAGCAUCGCUUCAGUUAUUUAUUUAUUUGUACGCACCAAUUAUUGAUCGUCUGAAGCCAACUGAUUUCGACACAUUAAAGUUGGAGGCUGGAUUACAUUUAUGGAUUCCGUUAAUGGAACACUGUCAACCGAAUCGUGGCACUUUAUCUUUCCCUGUCAGGAUUUUUCCUCAUGGUUCAAAUCCGUUCAGUCGGUCAGCCGUGGUGGAUAUCGAUGAAAGUGAAAGCCCGAAGACAGGAUCUAUUCUAAGUGAUAUCAAUAAGAGGAAGUCAUUUAGUGAAGGAACUGCGGGAGAAAUAUCUUCUAACGUCUACGUUGGCAAUGUAUCAGACAAAAGUUCAGAAAUCGAUUGCAAGUUACCAUCAGCUGUUAAGCCACUUGAAGUUUUAGUUGACAGUGCUACUAUCCCACAUGUUGAAGUUAAUUCAGAUGGGUCAGAGAGCAGUGGAUUAUAUUCCAAUCAAAACUUAGGUUGCUAUGCUGCUAAUUCUACCCAGCAAACCUUGACUCUACAACCUCCCAAAGCCACACCAGAGUGCAUGGAUGACGAGGAAGAAGUUAGUGAAAAGUCAGCUUCAGAAAACACAAGAACUGCACCAACGACAAAUACGACGAAAACAACGUCACCCAGUGCGGAUGCACAGAAGCCAGAACAAGUACAUGUAGCUCCGGGCUACGAAAGCAUUCAGAAAUUUUUAAACUCACUUACUGAUCCAUAUAAGCAGUUAUCCGAAAGGCUGAAGUAUUCAACAAUUGAUAAUGAAUAUAUUCAACCGGCAUUUGGCUCCAACUGUAUGCUGGCUACACAUUGUGAUCUAGCUGUCAUACGGUGCUUAUUCUGCCCUGAAUGGUGUGAAUCUGGUAUCUAUUGGUCACUAUGCUAUUUAUUCAAUCGUCUAUUACAAAUACGCUCAGAAUGGUUAAAAACUAAACUGAAUAGUCGUAAUCUAUUCAAGUUACACAGAAGCAAUCUACCUUCUGGUCGUUUAUUUAAAUGGGCACCAGGGUUAUGGCCACCAGUGUCAUCAAAUCAAGCACGAAUUAGUCAAAUCACUGGGACAUGGCAUGUUUUGAAUCCCUUUCAUUGUAAUUCUUCUGAACAGUCAAGUCAAGAAUGUAGAGAAGAUAAGAGAACCGGUGAUUUCAAUCAACAAAAAUAUGCAACACAUCAUGAACAGACAUGUGAACCUCAGAUGUAUAGUACUAGUGGCAACUUCCAGCCAUCAGCUGGAAGCGCCGGUACUCAUCCUUUCCCCAAAUAUUCUUCGAAACCAAGUCAUUUUGAUGAAUCAUUCAGCCUAAAAGGUAUAUCGAGUAUGGUAGGAUCGUCGGCAUCUUUAUUAAAUGUAGACAAAUCUGAGAACAACAUGAUGAUAUCGGAUUGUUCAAGAGAAAAAAAUCCCAAAGAUGAACAACAGCAACAACACUUCAGUACAAGUCUGAUGCAAGCGGAAAUUAGUCUUGGUGAUCCAACGUUUACACUUGCCUUGCCGAUUGCUAGUUUUGGAGGUCAGCAACACCAACAGAACCAACAGCGCCAGCAGCCUACCUGGAGAGGUUCUAAACGUUCAAGAAUUGCUGAUAUUAAAGAACGUUUUACUCGGGCGUCCAAGUUCAAAUCAGGCGAUGUUAAUAUGAAAUUUCAGCCUCCAUCUGCUAUUGAAGCACCAGAAUGUGACCAGUCUCCUACGUCAACUACAGAAGGACAGAUUUUUAAUGUACAGAACAAACGGUCUAUCCCAACAGGGGGAGAAAAGUUACAUUUGUCACCUAAUUCAAGUACAAACGAAAGACCAUUUCAGGGCUUCGAUACGGCCAACGAUGAUUCUGAAUCAAACAAGUUUGGUCAAAACGCUUCACCGAAUUCACCAUCUGUUCAUACUGGUCUUAAACUGGGUUUACCACAAAACACACCAUCAAUAGCAGUAGCCAGUAAAUCUUCUGAUAACAACGAAACGAAUUCAGUUGAUGAUCAUAUAUUCACUGAAGUACUUCCCCGCUGUAUGACUGAUUCCGAUAUAACUUAUCACAGUUUGGAAAAGGUCGAUGAAGUUUCAGGAGCUGCAUACUAUAUUACUCCUAGUGGUCAGUUGGAUUAUUCUAUUCUUCUGAGAAGUUUUUAUUGGUGCAGCACGGUACACACUUCAAGUCGUGUCUGUUUCCACAUAGUUAGGUGUUUGAGUGUUUUGUUUGAUUUGGGUAUUUUCGACAUAAAAUCCAACUCCUGUUCAUCAAAAAAUGUCUCUUUUGAAAAACCUGCUCAGUUGAGACGAUUCCGGAAAAAAAACCAUUAUGAAAGGAAGAAUUUUUCGAAAGCAUUGAAGACACCAAUUCUCAAUAAACUUGUAGUGAGAGAAAAUCGUAACAACUCCAGCCUCAGUAGUCGGGGAGCAUAUGAAAACUUAACUUUACCUUCUAGUAAUAGAUUGAGGCCGCGAGAUUCAUCUGGAGGAGUUUUGUUCACCAAUUUAAGUUCCUCUAGAGCCUUUGUCGGAAUCUGUAGUGAAUCAUACGGAAGUGAAACAGGUGAUGAUGCAGACACUGAUGCUGGAACAAAGAAGAAACUUUCUAGUAGAACUGAUAACGAGUCACUCAUGAGUGAAGACAAUUUUAUGAUCCCAUGUAACACAAAGAAUAGCAGCCCACUUGGGAGUCCUGAGUCUUCUCUUGAGCUUGAUAGGGAUUUGUCCUCAACCCCACGUCGAAUUGGAUCCCCGAGCAAUAUUGAAGUCAAACUACGAAACAAUGACAGAUUUUUAGAUGAAAAGCUAGCAUCGAAAAGUGCGCACACAUCACGAUCUCGAAGUCAUUUUCGACAAUCAGUGUAUUGUGAUACAUCUAAUCAGUUGGUCCGUAUGAACUAUACAUUAGCAGUUGAAAUGCUAAUAAGAAUUAUUCGUGCAACUGGAUGUCGACACGGUCAUAGCAGUUCACCUAAUUUCACUAACCAUCAUUAUCAUCAGCAACAGCAACAACUUCAUUUUUCAGAUUAUUCUCAGCAGCAAGAUCAUCUGGACCCAAGUGUAUAUUUUCGAUCACUUAUAUACGAUUGUUUGAUUUACUUACAUGAAUUAAAUGCAUACUUAUUUAAACGUGUCAUAUUAAGAAUCGUAUCUUCGAGUACUGUUGCAGAUCUAAUUGAAAUGCUUCAUUCGCUAACUGGUUUUUGCUUAGACCCAGUAACACGUCAUUCUGAGCGUUCAAACUACGAUAGGAAGUCGUAUCUAACCUAUGGAAAUAGUUUCGGACAAACUGAAGCUGGUCAGGAUAUUCGUGGAGCUGAAGGUUUAAUUAUCUCGCAUUUGUUUGGUCCAUUUGUAAGACGACUGGUCAGAUGUAGACGUGAAUUAAGCAGCCAAGAAAAUGUCUCACUAUUUUCUGACAUAAGGCAAUUAUUCACUUAUAUACGUGAAAUUCAUGGAAGUACAUUUCGAAAAAAUAUGUUGGUUGCUUUGCUGUGUCCUAUACAAAGAGUAUGUGAAGUCUCUUUGCCAAGAGCUUCGGCUCCAUUGCCGAGAAUGUCGGUACGAAAUUCUAUGUGGCUGAUACCUAGACAAGAUAAACGGCGUUCAACGUUCAAUCUGUUUAUUGAUCCUCUAGCUGAAACAGAAAGUUUAUCAAGUGGUCACAGAGAUAGUGGAUGGCACGGUCUACUAAGCCGACCAUCGACACCUGGACAAAGCAUAAGAAUCCAUAGUAAUGGAAGUUCAUCAACUUUACCACCUUCAUUUGAGAAUGAUCAUUCUAGUCGAUCUAAAUCUGAUGGCCCUGCCAUAGACCAGUCAGCUGUUCAGACGACAACUGAACAUCGUUGGGUAAAUUUGUCAGCCCUUAGAGAAGGUCUUUUAGAUUUCGCCUUUCUGCUAGACUGUUGUGAACCAGGUUCAAUACCAGAACCGCAACUUGUUGCAGCUUUAUUCGACUUGGAUGCACCAGUGCUUGCAAGGGCUUGUUUGCUACUAGAAUGCGCCUUCCUAGUUCAUCGUUGUAAUCGUGAUGAAUGGGCUGGGUGGAUGAAAUUCAACUUACCAAGUUCAUUUCGUUCAAGUGCUGGUUACGUUAGUAACAGUAAUUUGCUACAACCUAAUGAUAAUAACAAUGGCAGUAAUCAACCAGUGGAUAUAUCAGAAAUAAAACGUUCAGCUGGCUAUUUAUUUUAUGCAUGGGUGAAAGAAUUUUUCACCGGAAUAACCAAUAUGCGUCGUUCAAAGCAAUUACGUUCUUGUUAA